ACGAUUAACGCACCUCCCUGUCCGAGGCUCAACCCCGAUAUAUAUAUAAAGAGCUUCUGCGAGGCUAAGACGAGACAGAGGAACAGACUCACACAGACCCGAAGCAUUGAGGAAUAACAGGCUGAAAAUGUUGUGUCCGGUGUGGAGCUGUCUCUUUGCCGUACUGGGAGUCUUCGUAUUUCACGUCGGAGAGGUCCGGGGCCAGUGCUGGCAGAGCGCUAAGUGUAUGGACCUCGAGAGCGAAGACGGCAUCCUGGAGUGCAUCAAAGCCUGCAAAACCGACCUGUCAGCCGAGUCGCCCAUCUUUCCGGGAAACGGACAUCUACAGCCUCUGGCCGAAAAUGUCCGAAAAUACGUCAUGAGUCAUUUCCGCUGGAAUAAAUUUGGCAGAAGAAACACCACUGGCAACGAGGGCAACAGUGGCUCCAAGAGGGAAGAUAUAGCCAACUACCCAAUAUUUAAUCUGUUCCCCAGUAGUAACGGCCAAAACACUGAAGACAACAAUAUGGAAGAAGACCAAGACAGGCAAGACAACAAGAGGUCCUACUCAAUGGAACACUUCCGAUGGGGGAAGCCAGUUGGUAGGAAGAGGAGGCCAAUCAAAGUCUUUCCAAACGGUAUGGAGGAAGAAUCCUCUGAAAGCUACCCCAUGGAGUUAAGAAGAGAAUUGUCUCUGGAAGAUGACUACCCCGAGAUCGAUUCUGAAGAUGACUUAGACGACAAUGACCUACUGUCUAUGCCAAAGAAAAAAGGUGGGGACUACAGAAUACAUCACUUCCGAUGGGGAAGCCCACCUAAAGAUAAAAGAUACGGAGGAUUCAUGACCCCUGAACGGAGUCAGACGCCCCUAAUGACUCUCUUCAAAAACGCCAUUAUUAAAAAUGCCCAUAAAAAGGCCCAGUAGAAAUUCCAUCGUAGAGUUCCCAUCCUAAAGCUCCCUUCAGGUCAUCCCGCCAUGUUCCACGUAGCUGCCGUCAUUCACCCUUUCACCGAUUCUUAUUAACCUUCUGGGUAGACCAACGUUUAGCGCUCCUUGAGUUUGUUUUUUCUGUUUCAUUUUUUUUCCCUCCGUGUAUUAAGUACAAAGAAACCCAAAUCCUGAAGGUGAAAGUUUAUGGUGAUCAUGUACAUAAGGGGAGAAAUAAAUGCUUCUGUGCCUGAAUAUCUAGUUUUCGGUUUGCUAAAUUAUUUUCGUAUCUAAUAAAAUGUACAAUAAUGUAAAUGAACGGUAAAAUAAACAUUUCAAUCUUA